GGCGCCGCAGAUUUUGGUAAAACAACACAAAGUCCUCGGAGAAAACUUAAAACUAAAAAAGAAAACAAAUACGUGUUCGUAAAAGGUGUGUCAUCAGUUGAAGUGUUUGAUUUGAUGACAGUCUCAUAAUUGAUACUAGGAGGAGGAGGAAUGAGGGAAUAAAUUCAGCACUCUGAGGAGAAGCAGCGGCAAGAGGGGCUGACAAACACUCAUAAAGGAGGAGGAGCCGACGAGGGUGGCCUACACAUGGCGGCACAAGUGGUUGCGGUCUGGCGCUUUGGCAUCUUGGGCUGACGCCAGCCUUGUAGUAUCGCCGCUUCAAUGACAUUAUGGUCCCUCCGCCCCCACCACCGUGCGCAGUGCACCCAACAAGCAAGUCUAUGCCUUCCAGUAAUUUAGUAUGUCACCAUCAUGAGAUUUUAGAGCCUGCUGCUCUCUGAGUUUGGUCAUUUGGUAAUUUUCUGUUAAGUGGAAGGGCAAACGACUAAUGAAGAGCCUAUUGGCUCUGCUUUUGAUUCUGGCAUUUACUAGUGCUGCUCAGUAUGAUCGAGAAGGGAAGGACGGAGAAUGCGAAAGGAAGAAGCUUUUCGAUCCAAGACCUCACAGUGUGUCACUCUUGGAGUUUGGAGCAGUUGGAGACGGGAAAACAUUGAACACGGUCGCGUUCCAAAAUGCUAUUUUCUAUGUCAAGUCAUUUGCUGACAAGGGCGGUGCUCAGCUCUAUGUUCCGCCCGGAAAGUGGCUUACCGGAAGUUUUAACCUCACCAGCCACCUCACGCUCUUCCUGGAAUCUGGCGCCAUCAUUCUUGGAUCCCAGGAUUACACUCACUGGGAAACUGUGGAACCCCUGCCUUCUUAUGGUCGAGGGAUUGACUUGCCGGGUUGGAGAUAUCGUAGCUUGAUCAAUGGAGACAAUCUAACAGAUGUGAUAGUAACAGGUGAUAAUGGAACCAUUGAUGGACAGGGUUCCGUCUGGUGGGAACAAUUCAGCUAUCAUGCCUUGAAUUAUAGCCGACCACAUCUAGUGGAAUUUACCGGAUGCGAAAAUGUUACCGUAUCAAAUUUAACCCUCUUGAACUCCCCUGCUUGGCACAUUCAUCCGACAUACUGCAGCAAUAUGCAAGUUCUAAACAUAACUCUUCAUGCUUUUCAUGCAUCUCCAUAUACUAGCGGUAUAGUCCCAGAUUCUUCAGAAAAUGUUUGCAUUGAGAACUGCAACAUUAGUAUGGGGCAUGACGCAAUUGUUCUCAAGAGCGGUUGGGAUGAGUAUGGAAUUGCCUUCGGAAAACCAACAAAAAAUGUACACAUCCGUGGCGUUAAGCUUCAGUCUUCUUUAGGCUCCGGCCUGGCAUUUGGCAGCGAGAUGUCUGGAGGCAUAUCACAUGUACGUGUAGAGCAACUUCGUCUACAUGACUCAUUCAUCGGCAUUGCACUCAAGACAGCUAUGGGAAGAGGAGGUUAUAUGAAAGACAUAGUUAUAUCCAAUGUUGAAAUGGAGAACAUUCACUUGGCAAUUGAGGCUACUGGUCAGAUCGGUUCGCAUCCUGAUGAAAAAUAUGAUCCUGAUGAAUUGCCAGUAGUUAAAGGAAUCACCUUUGAGAAUAUGGUCGGCACUAAUGUUACAUUAGCCGGAAGCUUUUCUGGACUCGAAAAAUCGCCUUUCACAUCCAUCUGUCUCUCGAAUAUCUCAUUCUCCCUCACUUGGAAUUCGUCUACCUCAUGGUUCUGUUCCAACGUGAUCGGUUUUUCGCAUGAAGUUUCUCCCAAACCAUGUCCAAAUCUCCAAGACUCGGCUUUUAACUCUUCCGCAGCUUGCUUCUUUCCCUUAUAUAAUUAUGCUUCAGUUUUGUGAGAUCAACGUCGAAAAAGACAAAAUCAUUGGUUUUUGGCAAUCUGUACAUGAGAUACCAUUUGUACAGAAGAAUUUUCCAAUAAAGCUCCAACUUCGUAUCUUCCAUCUCUUUGAAUACAUACAAACAGGCAUUCUCUGCCUUGCUACGAGAUCUUUUCAAGUGUCAGCGGCGUCCUGAUAGGCUCACGUAGGGCCUCAUCUCUUCUUGUACAAGGAAAUUUUGGUAGUGCUGUACAACUCAGAUAGCCUUUUGCUUCCGUUGUGUCUUUAUUUUCCUUUGAUUACCUUUAGCUACGAUGUAAAUUUCGUGUAAUGUGGACUGAUACCAGAUUAAUUUUCUGGCACAAAGAGGAUUAAGUGACUGAUGUGAUUGAAAUUAUGAGUAA